ACCAAUCCUAACGGAGCAUUUGCCGAGUUGUUAUACGCCAGAAAAAAUGUGAGCGCCCCGGUGGACGGUGGUGAUUAUUCAGUAGAUCGAAAUGUGGGGAGUAAAAAAGAGUUCUUUUUUGGUACGUUGUCUACAACUGCUAAUCUGUUAUGUGUAGGUCAAGGCUCGAUUUUUGUCUCUUUCUCUCUCUCUCCUAGUAGCGCUGGACCGCACCGCAGCAGAAGCCAGAAGACAAGGGCCAAGGCCAACCCAGGAAAUCAGGGGGGAUCGGAUCCAACUCCAGUCUCCAGAAGCCCGCGGAUCGAUCCUAUAAGAAGGCCAGAGAUUCAUUACUCGGGAGUGAAGCUAGCCAGCCAUUCAUCCAUCCAUCUGCGGCGAGAAUCCCUCUCCUCCACAACAAGAGCGAGCACGCACGCAGCAGCUGGGAUCGAUCGAUUCUCACCAUGGUGACCACCAAUGGCGUCCUCAGUUCUCUCGCAGCAACGGUUCCGGUUGAGGCAGUUCUAUUUGACAUUGAUGGCACCCUGUGUGAUUCAGACCCUCUUCAUCAUGUCGCUUUCCAAGAAAUGCUUCUUGCGAUCGGGUACAACAACGGUGUGCCGAUAGACGAGGAGUUCUUCAUAAAUAAUAUUGCUGGAAGGAGCGAUGUUGAAGCUGCUCAGAAUUUGUUCCCAGACUGGCCCCUUGAGAAGGGACUGAAAUUCCUAGAGGACAAGGAAACCAAAUACAGAAGUUUGGCAAUUGAGCGAUUGGAACCAGUAAAUGGCCUUGGCAAAGUGGUGCAGUGGGUCAAAGAUCAUGGCUACAAGUGCGCCGCAGUAACCAAUGCCCCCAGGAUUAACGCAGAGCUCAUGAUCAAACUUCUUGGUCUGUCAGACUUCUUCCAGGCCGUGAUAGUCGGAGGCGAAUGCGAGAAGCCGAAACCUGCCCCCUUCCCGUACCUGAAAGCCCUCAAGGAGCUUGGAGCGUCCGCAGCACACACCUGUAUCUUUGAGGAUUCCGCUUCAGGGACACGUGCAGGCGUUGCCGCAGGAGUGCCGGUCAUCGCUGUGUUGACAAGGAACCCAGAGAAAUCCCUGCAGGAGGCUGGAGCCGCAUUGAUUGUCAAGGACUAUGCAGACCCCAAGCUGUGGAGCGUGCUGGAAGAGAUAGACAGGGAGGAAGCAAAGUUGAAGAAUGUUUGAGCAUGAUAUAAUGGUGACCAAUUGGUUAGAUCCGUUGCAUAGUUACCCCUUAUCUACCGAUCAAAGGAGUUCUGCAGCCUAAAGUAAUUGUAGUUUGAGCUUUUAGUUUGAUACACUUUUCUUUCUUUUUUCUUUCUUGAUUGCUAGUAGAGAAAUAAAUAAAAUAAAUUUAGUCUCAAUGAAUUGACAUUGUUCUAUGGCUGUGACAUAUCAGACUGCCCUAUUUAUCACUGGCUGCGACACCUCUGAAUACUCUAGCUCUCUUACUCA